AUGCGGGCCUUAGGUCUUGCAUCAUUCUUGCUGGCACUCUCUCCGUUGCCAUGGAACGCUGGCGCAUACCAAAAUCUCUCAACAUCUAGCCUGACCCAACAAUCCUUCUCCAUCCUCGAUGACCGACCCGAUGGCUGUCCUCCAUGUCCCCGAUGCUUCGACUGCCAUUACGAGGAGUUCGCUUGUACUCAAUUUGCGGAAUGCAGUCAGUACAAUGGAAAAUGCUCCUGUCCACCUGGAUUCGGUGGCGAUGACUGUUCGGAGCCGGUUUGCGGCUCAUUGGCAGACGGAAAAAGAAGAUCACCCCGCGAGGGUCAAUACUGCGACUGCGAAGAGGGAUGGGAAGGCAUCAACUGCAAUGUUUGCACCACCAAUCAGGCGUGCAACGUGAUGACCCAGGAGGGGGAUGGUGGAGUGUGCUACAAACAGGGCGUGGUGGUUAAGGAGAACUACCAGAUGUGCAAUAUCACUAAUCGGAAAAUCUUGGACCAGUUGAAGGAGCAAAAGCCUCAGGCCACAUUUAGCUGCAAUGCCGAGCAUCAGACGUGUAAUUUCCAGUUCUGGGUGGACCAAAAAGAAUCCUUUUACUGUGCUUUGGACACCUGUUCGUGGGAAGCGAACGAUUACUCAGACCGAAACACCACGAAGUACCAAUGCGAAAAUAUCAAAUGUAAAUGCAUUCCGGGUCGAAUGCUGUGUGGUGAAGAGGGUUCGAUUGACAUUGGAGAAUUUCUCGAGGCUUCGAUUAAAGGUCCCGCGUCAUUUAGCUCUCUAAGUACCGAGGGUGGUAGUACCCGAGACGGCAGCAAAUUCGAAGAACCCGCAAUGAACAACCUGAUCAAAUCCGUCUUUGGAGAUGAAAGUAUCACCUUAGACUGCCGGUCAGGAGAGUGCUUGUACAAGACCGAGGUUCCUGGAUAUACCCGGCCCAUCAAAGAGAUCAACACUCCUCUUAUAGCUGGUGUCAUUGCCGGUUGUGCUCUUUUCUUGGUCGGAGUCACCCUCAUAAUCUGGUAUCUCACGAGACGGGCCGUCUACAAAAGGUACGGCGCAAUUCGCCUGACGGACGAGGAUGAUGACGAGAGCGCAAAACUGAUGGCCAGCCACAAACCGGCUUCUCUACAAUUUGAGAAUCUAUCAUACACACUGAAUGGUAAACAGAUCAUAUCAGGAAUCUCUGGGACCGCACAGCCAGGUCAACUUAUGGCAAUAAUGGGGGCAUCAGGUGCCGGAAAAUCUACGUUUCUUGAUAUACUGGCCCGGAAGAACAAACGAGGGCACAUUGAUGGUAGCUUCUACGUUAAUGGUGAAAAGAUUCCCGAUGACAACUACCGCAGCGUCAUUGGCUUUGUUGACCAAGAGGAUGCAAUGUUCCCCACUCUGACUGUGCAUGAGACCAUCAUGACCAGUGCACUUCUGAGACUCCCACGAGACAUGGGCAUCUCGGUCAAGGAACAGCGUGUCUACGAGGUCGAACGUCAACUUGGCAUCUACCACAUCAAAGACCAGAUGAUCGGAUCGGAGGAAGGAAGUGGCCGUGGGAUUUCUGGUGGUGAGAAACGUCGCGUUGGCAUUGCCUGCGAGCUCGUCACAAGUCCCAGCAUCCUUUUCUUGGACGAACCGACCAGUGGUCUGGAUGCCUUUAAUGCCUUUAACGUGGUGGAAUGUCUGGUGACGCUCGCAAAGACCUACAACCGUACAGUCAUAUUCACCAUUCAUCAGCCAAGGUCUAAUAUUGUUGCGCUUUUCGAUCAGCUUAUUUUGCUUGCAAAGGGCAAAACUGUAUAUUCAGGAGCUUUCUCGAGCUGUCAGUCAUACUUCGACGACAUUGGAUAUUCAUGCCCGCCAGGCUUCAACAUUGCCGAUUAUCUGGUGGAUCUGACCAUGCAUGCUGGCAUGUCUCGUUCUCCAGCGCUAGAGAGUGGACCAUCCUAUCUCAAUGAGCGAGACGGUUUGAUGACUGGAUCUAGUAGCAUGAGAGCGGUCAAGUCAAUCGCGAGCACAUCCAACGUCAGUGUUGAAAAUAGUAGUUUCGGCAGCCCUCGAGAUUCUAAUCUGCGGCCAAAGGUCAGACGGAAGCAAUCGCUAAAACAAAAGCAAGACAGGCAGCUGUACACGAGGAAGAAGAGUGCUGCCGGAGACGACACUCCUCCAACCCCUCGCACUGACGAAGAAGACAACAUCAACGGCGUUGCUUCUGAGACUAACAGAAAUUGGGUGAGGUUGGCGAGACAAGAUGGCACAGUUCCACCCCAGAUCAUGGAGGACCCUGAUCAAUUGCCUCCAGCCGCCAAUGGAGCAGACACUGACCUCGACAUCUUGGUCUCAAGUUACAAAGAAUCUGAUGUGGCGCGCAGUAUCCACGACGAGAUUACAGCAGCAGUCCACUCAGCCUCUUCCGCCAACGGGACAGUCUCAAAUGGACCCAACGGCGUUUCUGUCAGUAAUGGCUCUAUGACCUCGUUCAGAAGAGUCAGUUUGCCAAGGCAAUUCCUCAUCCUUUCUUUACGAACGUGGCGGAAUCUGUACCGCAACCCAAUGUUGAUGCUCACGCAUUACGCCAUCGCUAUUAUUCUUGCUGUCCUUUCGGGGUAUCUGUUCUAUGGCUUGACAGACGAUAUUCCCGGUUUUCAGGACAGAUUGGGACUCAACUUCUUCAUCCUCGCCCUAUUCGGCUUCAGCACUCUAACAAGCUUGACCGUUUUCUCCUCGGAGCGGCUGCUAUUCAUCAGAGAAAGAGCAAAUGGAUACUACUCGCCUAUCACAUACUUUGCCGCCAAGGUAGUUUUCGACAUUGUUCCACUUAGACUCUUACCGCCAAUUCUGACCGGAAUUAUUGUCUAUCCCAUGGCUGGUCUCGUCCCUGCGUGGCCACAAUUCUUAAAGUUCCUCUUGAUCCUCAUUCUCUUCAACUUGGCCGCUUCGUCGAUCUGUCUCUUCAUUGGCAUUGUUGUCAAGGAUGGCGGGGUGGCAAAUCUGAUAGGAAGUUUGGUGAUGCUGUUCAGCUUGCUCUUUGCAGGUUUACUGCUGAAUCGAGAAUCAAUACCCAAACAGGCAUUAUGGUUACAAGAUCUCUCCAUCUUCCAUUAUGCAUUAGAAGCAUUGCUCGUGAAUGAGGUAACAUACCUUACGCUGAUCGACCACAGCUACGGCCUCGAUAUCGAAGUCCCAGGAGCGUCUAUCCUCAGCGCCUUUGGGUUCGAUACUCUGGCUCUAUGGAGAGACGUGAUCGGAUUGGCCGUCUUCUCUGGUGUUUUUAUUAUCAUUGCUUAUGGAGCUAUGCACUUUUUCUUGUGGAUGGACAAGCACGAAACGCGAGCAAAAUACAACAUAGCCGAGACGUGCGCCUGCAGCAUCUCGAUCUCGGAUCUCGUCUCCCUGUCCGAGCAGCCCAACACCCCCUCUCCACUCUCUUACACCACCAGCACCACCAAACUAACCUACGGAUCCAUCCGCGGCUCCUCCGCCCUCCGCACCAACAUCGCCAACCUCUAUUCGGCCCGCUCUGCCGCCUCAUCCGCCCUCUCCACCCAUCACUGCCUAACCCCAGCGAACAUCCUCAUCACCAGCGGCGCCAUCUCCGCCAACUUCCUCGUCCUCUACACCCUGCUGUCGCCGGCGACCACGUCAUCUGCCACUACCCGACCUACUCGCAGCUGUACCAGGUCCCGCGCUCGCUGGGGGCGGAGACCGCGACCGCGACCGCGACAGCAGACGGGAAAGGGACGACCAAACUCGUCAUCCUCAACAACCCCAACAACUCGACCGGCUCCAUCAUCGCCGCAUCCAACCUUCUCAGAAAUCGCCGCCAUAGCCGCCGCCCACAACAUCACCAUCCUGUGCGAUGAGGUCUACCGCCCGCUCUUCCACUCCAUCUCGCCCACCGAUCCGGACUUCCCACCCUCAGCCCUCGAUAUCACCCCGCCGACCCCCCCUGGAGGCUCAGGCUAUCCCAACAUCAUCGUCACAGGCAGCCUGUCCAAAGCCUUCUCCCUGGCCGGUAUCAGGGUCGGAUGGAUCGCGUCCGCGAGCGUCCCGCUGAUCAACAAAUUCGCGUCCAGUAGGCACUACACCACCAUCUCGGUGUCGCAGCUCGACGACGCGUUCGCCGCUUUCGCUCUCGCGGGUCACUGUGUGCAUGCGUUGCUGGGCCGGAAUAUAGCCCUUGCACGGACAAAUCUAGAGCUGUUGGAGGAAUUGUUUGCUAGGGAUGGCGAGGCGGUGGAUGAUGCGAUGUUUUGUCGGCGAUUGCUGGAGGAGAAGGGUGUGUUGGCUGUGCCGGGCGGGGUGUGUUUUGGUGAUGCGUAUGGAGACAUUAAAGUGCGGGAAAGAGAUGAGGAUGGGGAGGGAGGGGAUGCUAAACAUGGAAAGGGCGAAGAAGGGGAGUUUGCGGGAUAUGUGAGGAUCGGGUCUGUGAAUAGUACGGAUAUUGUUAGAGAGGGGUUGGAUGGGUUGAGGAGGUUCAUGCGCGAGGAGUUUGAGAGUGUGCCGUUGUGGAGGAGCAGUAGGGAAAGGGAAGAGGUAUAG